AUGUCGUUCCUUAAAUCGCUGAAAAUCAGCGACCCGGAAAAACUCAAGGAUCCAGAUUUCGUUUCUUCGUUGAACGAAAAGGAGGUUAUUUCCAAGCUGCUACUUGCUGUAUUUUCGCUUCAGGGCCAGGUUGAAAAGCUGAAUGCGAAACUUGAGAAGUACGAGAACUUGGAUAAACUGCUGAACGGCGAGGAUCUGUCAGAACCACCAGUUCCAGACCCGAAAAAGGAAAGCCUAAUCGUCGAGAAAGUCUCCAAAACCCCUUCAGACGAUAGCAUACCAGUCGGAUUCACGCCCCUAUACUCGACGCCCGCCCUUUCCGAGUCUGAGAUCAUCGACAAACCAGCGAAAAAAAACGUCGUGGUGAAGCCAUGGCCCGAAGUGUCGCUCAAUCAGUUGGCACAAAAGUUCAAGGUUCCUCGAGAACAGCUCAUGCUGGCUAACAAGACGCUAAAUAGGGAUAGAAAGGGACAUCUGCGCUCACUGAAGCCCAACGUCGAGACUGAAACGCUGUCGCCUAGUGACUCCAAAGAGUCUACCCCUCAGCCUACAAAGCUGACUAAACCAGCAAAGAGGAAAUACGACCAAACCAUUGACUCGCCGAGUUCAAAUGAAGCAAACUCGUCAGGCAGCUCGGACCCUUCAAGUGAAACGACUCCGGCCAUAACGAAAAAACCUCUCAAAUACACAAUCACCAGCCUUGGACUCUACAAAUGUGACGUGUGUUCAAACGAUGAGAUCUAUUCGAGCUAUCCGGCGUUGUAUGAACAUAAAAAGAGCACCCAUCCCGACGAACUUACAAGCAUCAAGCUGGAAAAGUCAAGCUGA